UCGGAAUAUUCAUGUGAGAGCCUAAAUAUUUCACUUCCUAAACAUGUUCAAGAAAACACUGAUCUACAAGUAAACUCUUUGAGGAUGGAAGCUAAACCAGCCCAACUUGGUCGUGGAUUUAUAUUCACAGUUCAUCAUCCUGUGAUAAUUAAGACUCUGGGAAUACAACGGUCUGCACUAGCUUCGGAAAAGGAAAAAAUAAUAAGGAUUGCCCUUCAUUAUAUCUCUCAAAACAAUUUUAACUUAAAUCUAACUCACCCAGCAACUAAAAUUGCAUCAGUCACUUUUCAUGGCGAUUUGAUCCGAGACGAUAAAAAUAAUAGGGGAUACGUAUAUAAGAAGCUAUCGAAUCCACUUCAUUUGGCACAAGGAUUUGAAGGGAUGGUCUUGGUGGAAAAAGGAUCCAUCCAAGAUGAUUAUUUUGAUUGUGAACAAUCAACCAUUUGGAAACAUGGAAAUCUGUUUACAAUUUCAAAUGUAGUCACUAAGAGUUCUAUUGAAGUUAGUGUGGAAAAGUAUUGUGUAUUGUCUUCAUUUGGCUUCACAAUUAAAGAUAUUCCAGGACUUGAGAAAAAAAUAAAUAAAACAAAGGAAAGAACAGAAGACUGGAAUAAAUAUGUUGAAAAAGUAUACACACAGUUACAAAGAGAGUCUGUUGAACAUGGUGACAUUCUAUUCCUUGACAUGGUUGAUGUUUACAGAAAUCUACCGCAGAAAAUGUUUCUUUUCUAUAAGUGGCUCUUUAAGAAUUAUAAUGUCAACUAUGUUUUGAAGACUGAUGAUGAUGUUUUUGUUGACAUUUUGAAAGUACAACGAGAAAUAGAGAAGCAGAUCCAGUGGGAUUGGUGGUCUUGUUUUCGAAUUGACUGGCCUGUAAAGAGAGGCGGGAAAUGGCAGGAAACGUUCAAUUACAAGGAAGAAAUUUACCCUCCGUUCCCAACUGGUGCUGGAUAUGUCCUGUCUGAGAAGGCUCUAGAUUGGUUGAGAUACAGGUUGGACACACUGUCAGUGGAAUACCAAGGAGAGGACGUGGCAAUGGGUAUAUGGCUGGAGGGAUUAGAGCCUACACGCCACACAGGAGAUGCAUGCUACUGGGCGUGUGUGGACCAAUGUCACGCACACAGCUGUAACACCAUACAGUUGAGUGUGGCAGACAUGUACAGUGUGUGGAAUAGUUACCAGGAGUGUGGACAGAUGUGUGGCUGUUCUGCACUUAGCUGAAUAUAAAGAACUUGAACCAUCAAUAGGCCUACUUGACUGCAGAAAAUAUUCUCAGUUAUUGAGACAAGAUGUUGGCUAUCAUCAAGACUACGAUGGUUGCCAAAUUGUAUCGAAACGCAGAAAACACUCUGGGAUUAUCCAAACCCCAGCCUCGGAUGGAGACGCUGCGGAAAGCCUCGACUGCGAUUGUCAGGGGAGAGUAGUCAACAAGGAACUUGAGUGCAGGAACCAUGCCUUCUAUUGGCCAUAUCAUUCCUAUAACAAGGGAUUCCAUUUGGUGUUGACUCAGUAUAAGAAACACAUCCUCCAAUGAAGAGCUUUUGAACUCUUGGAGAAGUUUUUCUGGAGGACUUUCAGCCAGUAAUACUCCACCCCUCAUCAAUCCGAUCUAUAAAGAAAUACCUGUGGCAUGUAGCCGAUCUGCUUCUGGUGUUGACAUUUAACAAAGAUAGUUCCGGCAUGCAAAGUUGUGAUGCCUGUGAUACAGUUAAGCAAGGUAGUCUUGCCACAGCCACUGGGA